AUGUUCUACUGGUACAGAGACACCCAGACUUCUACUCCUGUGUCCCAGACUGGUGGAAACUCCUACAGCAUCAGCUCUGCUAAAGUGUCUGAUGGAGGACAGUACUGGUGCAGAGCUGGGAGAGGAGACCCAGUCUACUACACACAGUACAGCAAUGAGGCCCUGCUAAAUGUUACAGCUAGUGUGAUCCUGGAACAUCCUGUCCAUCCUGUGAUGGAAGGAGAUCCUCUGACUCUGCGCUGUAGAUAUCGCAAUCAGCCAUCAAACAUCAGUGCUGCCUUCUAUAAAGAUGGGGCACUCCUCCACACCUCCAGCACAGGAGAGAUGACCAUCCCUGCAGUCUCAAAGUCACAUGAGGGCCUCUACAAGUGCAACAACACAGAGAAAGGACAGUCACUAGAGAGCUGGAUCACAGUGAUGCACAAAAUGACAGGAUCCAUGGUGGCAGUUGGUGUGGUGGUAGGCUUGGUCAUAGCCUCAGCUUUGGUCAUUUUACUUGUCCUGCUUCAUCACAAACGGAAAUCUAAAGGUUCUACAACACCAAACCUUGGCCAUCAGAGCAGUGGGUACAGCAGACAACCAGCAACAGCAUCAGGUGAUGCUGUGGCUGGAGCCAGUGAUGUGGUCUAUGCUGACAUCAAGCUGGAAGAAAACGGUGACAAGAAGAACAAAAAGGAGAAAGGCAAGACCAAUGCAGCCCAGUCAGACACCCUGUAUUCUACUGUAAAGCCAUUGAAGACUACGGAUAACAGUGAAGAUGACGAUGACCCCAAUGAUGGAAGUAAUGUGACAUAUUCAGAAGUUACCAUCAAGAACAAGAAGGGAAAGAAACGAGGUUCUGCUGGUCCCAGUGAUGUCACCUACGCUGAUGUGCACAUCAAGAUGAAGCCUCUGAAGAGUACAGAUGCAGGAUGCGAUGCAGGAUGCGAUGCAACCUAUGCACAAGUUAGGAAGAAAGGCAAGAAGCCUGACACCCAAGAUGUCCGAGUCAUGGACAAUGCCAGCAGUCGAUGA